AUGCACAGUACCAGGUCACGGAGCAACAGUCUGAGUGAGUCGGGUUCCUCCACACAAGACUACUCACUUGGUGAUGGUGGGGGUGAAAACUCGGAGAAAUUCGAUACCACCCCGUGCGCGCGCGAAUGUGUUUCAAUGGCGCUUGCAUUGGUCCGCAAAUCAGAUGUUUGUGAAACUACAGUAACGUCUACCGUCGCCGCGACACCAGCCACUGCAGCUGCAGUGGCACAGUCGAACUGCGCAACGGAAACUUUUGCUCCACUCGGGUGCAGUGUGGGGGAGGUGGAAUCAUGGAAACAGCAUUCAAGUAUAUCGUCCUAUCCCACCAAUAUGGCAUCGUAUCGAUUUUACUCAAAGAAUAGUGAGCAUCAACGACUGACGUUUUAUGAGCCAGAGAUAUUCAAUGCAAAUAGGUAUCCGCAAGAACUGAGUUCAUUGGACGAACUCAUUCACGCCAGUCAGUCCAGUAGUCCUAGAGACCGCACUACAAAAGCGAAGUUGGAAAAUGGAGACCAAUCUUUCAGUCCAAAAACCCCAGAAACGAUUGAAAGAAGUCGUUCAGGAACAGGAAAGAAAGGCCGGAGUGCUGAAGGUCGGUGUCCAAUUAGAGGCUGUGAUGGAACUGGUCAUGCCACUGGCUUGUAUUCCUAUCACAGA